AUGGGGUUUAAUGCUGUAUACUUCAGGAUAUGCAAGCAUAUGAUGAGAUCUAAGACAUCGCCCCAACAACCAGAGGACGCUGGAGACUUGGAUGAAAGUGACAAGCAAGACGACAUGAUAUGCAAGCAUAUAAUGAGAUCUAAGACAUCGCCCCAACAACCAGAGGACACUGGAGACUUGGAUGAAAGUGACAAGCAAGACGACAUGUGA